GAUUUCUAUGGUGUUAUCAACAAUAUUGUGGAGUUACACUACAUGGGAGGUCGUCGCGUGUACUUGUUCAGCUGUGAGUGGUUUGAUGUUGGUGAUAAGAAACGGGGGGUACGAGUAGACGACCAUAUGACUAGUGUCAACAUGGACAAGAAUUGGUAUAAGGAUGAACCAUUUGUAUUGGCAUGCCAGGCUGCCCAGUGUUUUUACAUUAGAGAUUUACGAUCAAAGAGAAAUUGGUAUGUAGUGCAGAAAUACACAAAUCGGAACGUGUAUGACAUUCCACCAGUUAGGCAGGUGGUAGAAGAUGUUGAUGGCCAAUCUAGUGACGAUGAUGCAUAUCAGGAAGAUGAAUCAUCAUACGAUUACAUACCUAUGCAAUGUGAUGAUGUUCCUGUCUCAACUCCAUUAAAUAGAACUGAUAUAGAACCGAUGCAAGUUGAUGCAUGCGAAGUCAUGUCAAUCCCUUCACAAUUCAUAAACUCAGCUCAAGCAUUUAUUGAUGAUUCCCUUGCUACAUCUGGUUCAGCAGAUGCAUAUGGGGAUGGAGAAUAUUUUGAUGAUGAAGACCUAUCCACAGAUGAGGAGUCCGUCUCAAAAUAAACAUCCUUUUUGGAAUAUGUUUCGAAGGUAUAUGUUGCAUGGGGUCCGAUAUGACCGGUGUACACCAUUGAUUGGAAGACACUCUAGUGAAAGGGUGUACAUGAUCCAAAGGCGUGUGGCCGUUGUGGUACCAAAAAGUAGAUAUGGGAUAUCACAGAUGCGCGGGAGUUUUUACAAAAAGAGAAGUGUGGGAUAUCCACAGAUGGGCGGGAGUUUUACAAAAAGGAGGUCAGAGUUCAAAAAACAUUUCAGAAAAAUUUCAGUCCUCCUUGCCUCCAAAAUUUCCAGUUUCUGUGCUGAAGAUAGGCUCAAGGUAUUUCAUCCAUUACUUCCUAUUUCUGUGGUGAUUGGAGUACUUCAGUUUUCUCCACUUCCUGCAGACAAAAACAUUGAUGUUUUUAAUGACCAGUGGCUAAGUCAAUGUAGUUAAGGUGCAAGCUUCGAGUUAGUUUGGUUUUUACAGUCAAGUAGGCUUCUCCAAAUUUCCAGGUAUGUGGUGUUGUUGUUCAUAAGUAGUUUUGAGUACAACUGUGGUGGGAUUCUCCUCCUACGAACCC